AUGGGAGCCAAAACUUUUCUAAAAGAAUCUGCUGUGGCUUCAUGGUCAAUUUCAUACUACCCUAGAAGCAUAUGUGUAUUGGAAAGAUCAUCUGUGGAUUUCAGCUGCACCUUUGAUUAUCCAUAUUAUUACACACCUAAAACAACAAAAUGGUUCAAACCAGAAGUUCAUCAGAAACAAGACGGAUCACAGAUGGGAAUAUCUGUCUAUCAGUCAAAUACAGCAGAGAUUCACCAGCUGUACAAAAACAGAACAGCUUAUGCAAACCAAGACAGAAACUGCUCACUGCAGAUACACAAUGUCUCCAAAAGUGACAACGGAAUGUAUUUCUUUCGCUUUGAAAUGAAUUCCAAUUAUGGAAAAUACACUGGAUCAGGUGGCAUACACCUCAGCGUAGCAGUUCUACCUUUUAGAGUAACAGUGAAAACACAAAAGGAGAAUGGACACAUCCAUGAAGGAGACUCUGUGACAUUGGCAUGUGGCACAGAAAACUGCACCCCAACACAAGAGCAGUUUGCCUGGUUUAAAAACCAACAUCUGAUUCCAGAAGCCACUGACAGUGUGCUCCGCAUCUCUUCUGUCUCUCACGAUGAUUUUGGCAACUACUCCUGCGGUCUGAAGAACAGCAGCUCAACUUCAGGAAAUGAAAUAUUGCUUGAUGUAAAAUAUAGUCCAAAAAACGUUGAAAUAGCCGUUUUGCCAUCUGGAAGGAUACAAGAAGGAAACUCACUGACUCUGAUCUGUAUGAGCAAUGCCAAUCCUGCAGUGAUAAACUACAGUUGGUUUAUGAUCAAAGAAGCAAACGUCUCUCAUGUAGGAUUUGAUCGUGAAUUCUCCAUCAAAUCUGCCAGUCAGAAGGAUGAUGAACAAUACUUCUGCAUUGCUAAGAAUGACAUGGGUUCUCAAAACUCUACAGUCAUAGCACUGAAUGUUGAAGUGACUAUUCAUCAAAAUUUCUUGCUGACUGCAACAGCUGUGUUUUUGUUUCUAAUGGCAGUAGUCAUGUUUGGUCUGAUUAUAAGGAGGAUACCGUUUACGUCAAAGAAGCAGCCCACAGAACAGACACCUGCAGCCACAGUCACAGAGGAGAUCUAUGAAAACCUGAGAAAAUCAGCAGAGUCUGAGGAAAACUAUACAACAUAUGUGAUAUAUGCAGAUCUAAGUCUUCCUCCAUCAACCUCAGACAGACCACAUUGCAACAGUCAAGAGGACGACACCGUGAUCAUCUACAGCCUUCUUAGUUACAAAGACUGAAUGAAUCUUAUCCCUGUGAAUAAUGAGAUU